GCGUUUGGCUUUUCAUAGAGCAAGCUAAGAGUAAAAGCUUGAAUUAUGGUAUUGUGGUCCUUUGGCUUACUGCUCACCGCAGCACUCGUGGCGUCAAAUGGAUACGUCAAAAAGCCGAAGUGCAAGAAUGAGAACCCAUGUGUUCGUUGGACGUGUGACAAAAAAGGCAAGAACAUCACUUGCUUCGAGAAGAGCUAUUAUUACAACUCUAGCAUCGAUAGGUGCAUGCAAUUUAGUUAUGAAGGCUGUGGGGGAAACGAAAACAACUUUCCAUCAUUGGAAGAUUGUACAAGCAACUGCAAAAGGAACACAACAGAAUAUGAUAAAACAUUUAUCAAGUACUUGAAAGAAAGGAAUGUCACUUGCGGUCGUUCUUAUACACCCGCUAAUAACGGAACAUCCAUUGUUCGAUAUAUCUACAACAAUGCAACGAAACACUGUGAAAGAGUGAACGUUACAGACGGCGAUAACCAUUUCCCCGGCUUUCGAUACUGCGUAGCUGUGUGUAGCCCACAAAAAGAAACCGACCCCCGUUGUGAGAAGCCCAUGGAUGCCGGCACCAAGCCCCCCAAAAAAUGGAAAUGUCACCAUGAUAGCUCAAACACUCUCUUCUGCUCUAAAGAAAAAAGUAAAAAGAAAUGAUGUGUUUUUCGAUCUCUUUUCAACACAAGGAG